AUGAGCCAUAACAUCUGGAACCCGUCGUUUGGUAGGAACGUGUUCGAGAAGAAAGAGAGCGGCGACGUGCCACUGUCCCCGGACUUGUUAAUCUCCAAGCUAAAUGGCCUGUCAAUGUCACCACAGUACACAAACUUUGUACAUUCUCUUGACGGCCAGACACUGAUCAAUGAACAACUUACCAACGACGAGCAUGAGAACUACACGUUCCACCUUCCUCCAGAACUCCAAGGAGGUGUGUCAAACAUCAACUCUCGUAGACCGUCGUUUGCAGCUGAACAGAUGUUGAUGUCCUCAGCCAAUGAGUCAAAAUUACAGUACAAUGACCAGUUCAGUGCGGAUUUUAUCCCACAACAGUUUACUCACACAAACCUCGUGAACUUCCAGUCUAGAAGACCGAGUAUUCAGGUUUCAUCUGCAUACAGCUGGGACCCUAUGGCUCAACAGCAGUACAUUCCUCCUCCACAGCAACAGCUACAGCAGCAGUACUUCCCUUCACAGCAGCAGCAACAGCAACAGCAACAACAACAACAGCAACAACAACAACAACAGCAACAAAUCCUGGAACUGGAUAAUGGGUUAUUGUUAAAUGCUGGUGUCAUCAUUUCUUCGUUGCCUCUGCAGCAGACUUAUCAAAAGACUUCAAGAUACUUUUGCGCCAGCUCUGCCAAUGCUCUGUACUUGGAACUUCGUUCCCAACUGGAGUCCUCAAGCUUCUUGCAGAAAGUUGUUAUGAACCUGAAGAAGCUGAACAACAUGUUCAGUCUGAUGAAGACUCUGGUCUUGGUUUUAACCAAAUCUGGUAAAUAUGAGAUUCUGUCCAUGCCGAUGAACUCAAACAUGAUGCUACAACAGGGCGAUGUUGUUAUCGUUGAUGGAGAUCGUGGAAAGGAUUUGGUUUAUGUGCUGGAUCCUAUGUUAUCCCUAGACCUUGCUAUCUUGAUCAACUAUUUGAAGAAGCGUCAGCAUGCCAAAUCUAUCUCGUAUGGUGGAACGGUCAACAAUAACGGGUUGGAUAUCUCCAAUACCGCUGCUGACUUGGUUAAGGGACAAGGUAUCUUGGAUGAUGAAACACAGUUCCAAAUCCCUUCCAAGCAGGUUUUGCGCUUUGCAACGUUCCAAGAAGUUGGCAACCUUCAGUUCAAGCUGAUUGAAGAGAUCAAAUCUUUCAAGACGUCCUUGUUAAAGAUAUCAAACCAGCCUUUACUCAACAACAAUUUGACCAUCCUGUCAUCAGAAUACCAAUUUGACCAGAAGAAGUUGACAUUCUUCUACUGUUCAUCUCAACGGUUAGAUUUCCGCAAUUUGAUUAAAGAACUGUUCAAGAUCUACAAGACACGGAUUUGGCUGUGUGCAGUUCCAAAGCCUGGAAAUGGCCUGAUGAACUUGGAUAUGAAUAACGACACCAAAUUGGAAGAGUGUAACGUUGACGACUUCCAUGUGAGAAACUUUAGAGGAACACUCAAAGAAUUGAUUAACGAAUCAUAA